UGACGAUUGCUUGAUUCCAGUGAUUCUCUUUAAUGCUAUAGAUGUUUUCUAGGUACAAGAUAUGUUAGAGUCACGCAUAGACAAUGCCUAACACCAACUCCGAUAUCUGGCUCUCCGGCGCCUUCGCCGUCGUCAUCACCGAUUUCAUGGUCUACCCUUUCGACACCCUGAAGACGCGCCUGCAAUCCCCGAACUAUGCCACCGUCUACAAGGACGCGACGACCGGCCAGAUCAAGCGCGGCGUGCUGUUCAAGGGCCUGUACCAGGGCGUGGGCAGCGUGGUCCUCGCCACGAUUCCAGCCUCAGGAGCAUUCUUCACCACCUACGAAGCAAGCAAACAAGCCCUCACGCGCCUCUUCUCCCCCAACCAGCCACAAAAACCCCUCCUCCCCACUCCCCUCCUCCACUCCAUGGCCUCCUGCACCGCCGAAGCAGUCUCCUGCUUCAUCCUCACGCCCGCUGAGGUGCUCAAGCAGAACGCCCAGAUUGUCAACAGCAGUGCCCCAACCACCACCACAAACCCGAACCCCAACCCCACCCACCCAAAAAACAUCACCCUGACCAUCCUCCGCCGAUUCCGGCACCGGCCCUGGAAGCUCUGGAGCGGGUACACGGCGCUCCUCGGCCGCAACCUGCCGUUCACGGGGAUCCAGUUCCCGAUCUUCGAGUUUGUUAAGGCCAAAGUGGUGGGGUAUCGGGAUACCAUUCCAAAGAAAGAUGCGAAAGGGGAGAUCGUUGAACGGGUUUAUGUGACGGGCAUCGCGGGGAGUGUGGCGGGGACGAUUUCCUCGGUGGUGACGACGCCUAUCGAUGUGGUCAAGACGCGGAUGAUGUUGGCGGCGACGGAUACGGUGGAGGGGGACUCCGUCAAAAGAAAGAGGAGCGGGGCGUUGGCGGUGGGGAAGGAGGUUUAUGGAAAGGAAGGGGUGAAAGGGUUGUUUCGGGGCGGGGCGUUGCGCGCGUUCUGGACGGCGAUCUCGUUUGGGAUUUAUUUGAGUAUGUAUGAGGGGGGCAAGGUGUAUUUGGGGAAUAGGCGGGUAGAGAGGGAGGAGAAGGUAAGAAGGGAUGAGGAAGGGGCGCCGUUGUAACCUUUCUAGGGCUAGAUGCUGUAUGUAGCUACUUUGUUUGGGAACUUGGGGAUGCAGUAGUACAGGAAGAG